UAUUGGAUGGUUCUAGUUGGAUCCACCUCGUAUCUAUUACCGUUUUUAACCUUCCGACAGUUAGAGUGGAAUAUGAGACAGCACUCGGCUGAUAUCCAGCGAUAACGGUAAAUGGUGAUAUUUUGCGUAUAUGGUUCAAUUAUAGCAUUAUAAAAACGAGAUUGUCAUCACCGCAAACUGCGUAAAUAUAAGAAGCCUUGUCGGCCCGAUUUCUGUACAAUUCAAAAUGAGUGUCGCUACAAAUAACCAAUUAGUGGUCCGCGAAUUAAUCGACAAAAUAUUUGCAAACCGUAAUAUAGGCAAUUUUGACGUGACCUACAGCGGUAAUAGCGAAAAUGGUGACGGUUAUCUGGGUGAUAUAAUAUUCGCGCAAGUGACGCCGAAAAAUGGGAAAACGCGGACACACCAUUUGGUUCUUAAAUUCGGUAAGAGAGGGGAAGACCUAAGAAAAAAAUUUCCAGUGCGGUUGGCGUUCGAACGGGAAAUUCACAUGUACGGCAACGUAUUUCCUGCGUUCCAGCAGUUUUUGAAAGAGAAGAACUUAGAACCCUUCGAUUUUCUACCUGAGUGUUUUGGCACGUUCAUAUCAGAGGACUAUGAAGCAAUAGCGCUUCAAAACUUGAAAGCAAUUAGCUACGACAUCCGUGGUAGAACAUUUCCGCUUGACGCAGCUCAUAUCAAGCUUACCAUGGAGGCAUAUGGAAAGUGGCAUGCUACUUCAUUGGCCUUGGCCGAACAAAAUCCGAAACUGUUUGGAGAGCUGUCCAACAUUCAGAGCUUAUGGCCGAUCUUGGGCGAGACGGAAUCGUUUAAGGUCCUUUUCGGACAAGCGGAAGAAGACGUCACCAAAAUACUGACAGACAAUAAUGAAUUCGACUUGCUGAGAAAAUUCAAACAGAAAUUCCAUGGCAAGAUUUAUGACACUUGGCGGGAAGUGGUUGUCCAAGAAUUGGAGCCUCGAGUUAUUACUCACGGGGAUUGUUGGAGUAACAACUUUAUGUUUAAAUACGAGAAUGAAGAAAAGAAAAAUCCAGCAGGUGUGAAACUGAUAGAUUUUCAAAUAAGUCAAUUGGCGAGUCCGAUGAUGGACCUCUCUUACCACUUGUUCACAGUAUGCUCGGAAGAAACGUUAAAAAGUAUAAAAUCCAUUUUCGAUAUAUAUUACGACUCCCUGUCGGAACACUUAAGAAAAUUAGGAAGCGACCCCUUAAAAAUAUUUCCCCGUUCAACGCUAAUUGACCAUUGGAGCAAAUAUUGGCCUUUUGGAGUGAUUAUGACUUUUAUAACAAUGCCUCUUAUUCACACCGAAAGCUCGGACGUCGUCGCUAUCGAAAACAUGAACGAAGAACAAGCUAAAAACUUGAAGACUAAGCUUCAAGGAGAAAGCAAGAGGCAGUCAGAAAAUAGGAUUAUCAACGCGAUCAAAUCCGGACUUCAAUUUCAAUUUUGAUGUUAUUACAACACAGCGUAUAUACUAUUUAGCAGGUAUAUACAGCAUGUUUCGUGUUACAACGUUACUUUUUUUGUAAAACACUAAUGUAGGAAUUCUUUUUACGAAUAACGAAAAAUAUUAUGCUCGAUAUCAUGUAUUUCUUAUGUAUCAAUUAUGUAAUACUUAUUUAACAACUACCACAAUUUCUUUUAGUAAGUAAGACGGUGUGUUGAAUAUUGCUCAUAACUUUGAACAGAUGUUAUUCUGUCAGAAUUAUUGCUCUUCCAUUUUGUUUCUUGACACAAUUCUAAACAUUGUUGUCAUUUUGUUGAAUUCGAUUUCUUUGUAUUUGGCAAAAAGAAGUUUCGUAUACAACAGCUUUUAUUGCUUUUGGACUUCCCUUUUGAAAACGCGACAUUCACUUGUUUCUAAUCUUAAGUAAAAACUCAUUGGUCCUUUGAAACUUGUCAAUCAAAGUUUGGAAAGAAGUCUUGUCAUAGCCACCUUGAUUAAUUAAGUCGCCCAACAUCAAAAUCAAAAUAAACACCCGCUAAACUCUCAAAAUGGUAUGUUUUUUCUCAUAAAAAUUUUCAGAAAUAAUUGAAGCCCUAGGCAUCAAAAAAUUCAAUUUGCUUUUUUUUUGUUUCGAGAUCUAGAAAAAUACAGCAU